CCUUUACCCGGUAAAAAGACUAUUUCAGCCCUUGACCGAUUCUCGCCUGUCUUCAUCCAACGUCGCGCUAAUGGCCUCCAGAGUUAUCUGCGACGCGUCGUAGAGCAUCCGGUCUUUUCAUCUAGCCCAGAUUUGAUCGCAUUCCUUACGCUAACUUCGCCAGAGGAAUUUGCAUCCUAUCAAGAUAAUCAUAUGCCACAGGGCCGAUUAUCCAACCUUUUGAGCUCUGAAAAUCUACCGUGGAUUGGUCAUCGAUCAAACCCGUCCUCAGCUAUCGUCUCAUCCCUGACAUCUCUCGCUAAUACUUCGGAAAUAACCGCGGAUGACAGUACACUGCCUAGCCAGAAGGAUGGAGAUCGAGACAAACCUAUAACCGGACGCAUGUCGAGCCCAGGAGCUCUCCUCGUGAACCAAUCCUUGCACCUACAUACUGAGGAGUUCAAGGAAUACCUUGAAGAAGUAGGUUCUAUCAAUGUAAACAAAAUGCAUGAGCCUUUUACCUCUGAAUUUGUUGUUCUUGAUGACGCAUUAUUAGUUAUUUUGCGCUAG